AGCCGGGAGCUACCGCCUCCCACAGACGGCGGCGGAGCGGCGGCGGCGGGCAUGGAGCGAGCCGAGUGCCGGCAGCAUGCAGCAGCAGCAGCAGGAGCAGCCCCGCGGCGGCGAGGAGGACUGCGGGGACUCGGGAGCCGAGACGGGCGGGUCUGAGUACAGCCGCAUGUCCUCUACCAGCAGUGAACUUUCUGUGGAAGACAUACAGGACCCAUUCCUUGUCAGUGUACAUAUUAUCACAGACCCGGGUGAAUCCAAGACUCUUCAGCAUGCGAUCGAUAAGCUUCUAGCCUGGAUCCAUCCAGAACUCCAGCUGUUUCGAGUCUCAGAAAGACGUGUGUCCAAGAAGCGCAGGAAGCCAAGUAAGGCUGAUGUUUCCCAGCCAGCCCUCGCUGUCAUUCUGUUCCUGCAGGAGGAAUAUGGAGAAGAACCCAUCUUGCAACUCCAUGAAACCUUUCAGCGGCCGCCUUGGCAUUACCACCACACAGAGCAAGUGCAUGGGAAGUUCCUCCCUUACAUGCCAUGCAGCCAGGACUUUUACACUUUGGCUCCAGAGACUCCUCUGUGGGCCAUUCGUCCAGUGCAUUAUGGGAAAGAAAUUAUCCGCUUCACGAUUUACUGCAAAAAUGAAAACUUUGUUGAUAUUUUGAAGUUUUAUGAGUUAAUACUGAAAAGACCAGUAUGUCAGAAAAAAGCGGACUUUUGUAUUUUUCCUGUCUAUUCUAACAUGGAAAUAGACAUCCAGUUCUCUUUAAAAAAACUUCCGAAGGGCCACGUGCCAAUGCCAACUGAGUCAGCAGUGCUGGAGUUCAGAGUGAAAGAUGUUGGACAGCUUGUUCCUCUCCUGCCCAACCCUUGCAGCCCAAUCAGUGAAGGCAGGUGGCAGACUGAAGAUCAUGAUGGAAAUAGGAUCCUCUUGCAGCAAGCGCGCAGUUGGUGUAGGAAGUCUGCAAAGCAGAACAAGCAACCAUAUCCGUCUGUGUCAGCAGAUUCCCACUCCACCACUUUGCCAGGCUUUCAUCCUCAAAGCCACCAAUCUGUCCCUGAACAGCCAAAAGAAGUGAGUCAAAACAAGGUGCAUCAUGCAAAUGGCCUUGGUCAUUAUCUUGGUUUCUCCCAGCAGGACCUCAGACACAGUGAUCAAGAAGACUUCACACGCAGAUCCAGCAGUGCCUCUAGCAUCUUGUGGUCAUUUAAACGAAGCAAGUCCCUGUUCUGCUUGCCCACAGUGAGUUCCUCCUCAGCCUCAGAGACUGCUCAUUUCAGUGAAGCGUUUCAGUUUUUAAAUACUGAGUCACCUGCAACCAGGUUAAAAACAUGGAGGUGCAGCCCUAGGCUUAACAUUGAUGACUUGGAGGAUGCACAGGAGACUGAUGUGGACACAGGGAGGAAGCUGUCCUUCUCAGACCUGUCUGUGGUCUCUGCAUACUCUGCCCUUGACAGAUUUUGCAGUGACUUGGAAACCUCUCUUCCCCAACAGAAGCAAACCUGCAGUAUGAGUACAAAGGCUUCUAGCACUGGAAGGCCUGUGUCCGUCAUGUGCAAUACCUUUAAUCCUAUGGAUGGUUCGCCACCAUCUCUCACUGAACGGUCUUCCAGCUCAUUGAUGUCAGCAUCUCUCUCCAAGCAGCGGAAACAGUCCUCAAGAGCAGCCCCUUGUUCCCUUGAUGGUUGUGGUAGCAUUUUCCCAGCUUCACCAACUAAUGAUGAAGAAUUUUACAUCUGAGGUUUCUCUGUCUUACACCUUCUGGGGCAAAUUUCUUCUUGUGAUGACUGCAGUGGACCCUCCUUGAGCUUACAGAAGUUUCCUCGUGGAAGAGAAGGUAAUGCAGAGGAGUAUGGUAAAUGUUUGAAGAAAGCUCUCAGAUCCCUCAAGAGAUGAAUGUCCCCAAAGUAUGUACCAUAAAGCAGUCUGAGCUGGUGGCCAGUACCUCUGCACUGGAGGGAGUGAUCUGCACAGAGGCUUGUCCAUGACAGUGCAAGGUGGAGGGUUUCUACGACUAACCCUUUGGACUAUUGGUGAAGAAAAUUCCAGAAAAGGUGCAUAAUUAUCCAAUUUUCUUCGACACAAACUGAAGAGUAAUUUGUGACACCAAAUGCUUUAACUUUUCAGAGAAAUUCCCUUAACUCAGAAAGGUGGGAGUACAAAGAGAUCUUUCCCGCCUGCAAGUUCCGAACAGGCAAGUCCCAGUAGCAUGUCUCCAGCAGGCUCAGAAAAGUUUCCUGUGAGGAUGCCCAUGGUCUGUUUAACAUCUGAGAGUUUACAGCGCUGGGUGGAAAGAAGCUCCAUUCCUCCCACAGGGAAGAGGAAGCUCCACUGGAUAUCAUUACUUUGAUAACACAGAAUAUGGAAAGUGCCAAACUGGAAAUUUUAUGUAACUUUUUCUACUCAUCUGCACAUGAAGCCCAUUCUUUCCAGCUGGGACUGUAGCCUGAACCACUUGCGUAAGCCAGUGGUAAUUCAAGUAAACAUUAUUUACUACCUCUAACUCAGACUAUUCAGAGUUUACCUUUUUGGAAAACAAAGCAAGAAAAACAACCCAGCAUUUUUAUACCUUGCUACACCACCAAUCCAAAACAUAUAACAACUCCAUUUUCUUAAGGGUUGUUAUUUUUCUGUUAAAAAUAAUUGAUGCAAAGAUGUAUUCUUCAUAUUUCCAGAGCAGGCUUACUUGUUUCAGGUAAAAUCUGUAUCUUCUCAAAUCCAAAGGGAAAACAAGUCAAAAAUUACUGGCUUUUCAAGUUGUGUUUUUAAAAUACAUGUUCUUGAUAACCUGUUUUGCUACAAUUAAAUUGAUAUUUAAAAAGGGAUAAAUUGUAAGUAAAAAGCUAUUAAUAUGGCAGCUAAGUAACUUCACCUGCAACUUUAAGCUCAAGGAGGGAAGGUUUAGAUUAAAUGUCAGGGGAAAGUUCUUCAAAGAGAGAGUGGUGGGGUGCUGGAACAGGCUGCCCAGAGAGGCUGUGGAUGCUCUGACCCUGGAGGUGUUCAAGGCCAGGUUGGAUGAGGCCCUGGGCAACCUGGUCUAGUGCCAGAUCUGAAGGUUGGCGGCCCUGCCUGUGGCGGGGGGGUUGAAACUUGAUGAUCCUUGGGGUCCAACCCAAGCCAUUCUGUGAUUCAUUCUAUGAUCAAUUCUAAGUCAGAUUUAUAGAUUGCAUCAUGCAGAUACUGAAAACUUACUUUUGUGCCAGAGAGAAGUGAUACUGACUACAGCUUUGGUCUAGCCAGUAAGAAAAUGGCUGUGUUAAAAGGUGUAUGUUAAAUGCUGCAUGAAAUCUAUACAGGUGCAGAUGCUGAAGGCUUACCAUGAUGGCACUGAAUAAAAAAUGCAUUUGUGAAGAAAAAUGUUUGUUAUGUUGCACAAAAUUAGUUCAAAUCUGUUAAAAUUUUAGUAUUUCUCAUCUGGAAGAGGGAAAAAAAAGGUAUUUUCAAAAUAUUUUAAUAGCACAAAUAGCAUUUGAUCUGGACAUGGAAUCAAAGUAUUCAGAGGACUGAUUUCAGCUGAUGUGUUUGCUGGAUCCUGGAAUCAGGCCAACAUCCAAGCUCUUGACAAAAGCUGAUUUGGUUAUCUAAUGAAGAGCAGGCUUUGAAAUGUCUUUCAGCUCUGCAGGAAGUUGUUCAGCAUAUCUGGGGCCAUCUCCUGACGCCUCAGGAAGCACUGGUAUUGGAAGUCUACAAGCAAGAAUAGGAUAGCUCAAGUGACAAUUGUGAAGCUUAUGUGUGCUGUUAACUGGGAGCUCCCCAGUCAUCUGACCUACAGAUUUUAUCCCAUUAAUCUUAACAGGAGGAAAGCCAAAUGAACUUCCACAGACUGAAUUCAUGGUGUCUCCACUGAUUCUGUCUCCAAGUAUUUCAAUUCUGUUUACUGAUACUUAACUAGAAAUGAAAGUUUUCACUGUUUACAUUCAUGGUACUUGUAAACAAAUUCUGAAAUAACUGAGCAUUUUAGGAAAAAAACAGCAAAGAUAGUGUACAUAAAACAUUUUGUUUGUAACAGAGAAAGUUGGAAGUUGAAGAGUGUUUCACUGAAGGUAGUAUUCAUUCUCUUUCCAUUAUUUAAGAAGGGGCUGAUCUCAUCAGAAAGCUAAAUAUGCACAGGUUUUAUGGUAUUUACCUAUGUAUCAUUUUGUUUUAGUUAAAUUAUGAAUAAUGUCACUGAGAAUUGCAGGUUUUCCCUGGACUUUCUUUCCUUCUUACCCUCAAAUGUGUUGUUUCUGUUAAAUAAAAUA